AGAAAAGACUCCGCACAGCGCGGGUGAGUCAGAAACCAGCAGUCGCGGACCCCACGGAGCCGCCAGCCUCGGGCAUGUUCCGAGACUUCGGGGAACCCGGCCCGAGCUCCGGGAACGGCAGCGGGUACGGCGCCCCGGCGCAGCCCCCGGCCGCAGGGCAGGCGGCCCAGCAGAAGUUCCACCUCGUGCCAAGCAUCAACACCAUGAGUGGCAGUCAGGAGCUGCAGUGGAUGGUGCAGCCUCACUUCCUGGGGCCCAGCAGUUACCCCAGGCCUCUGACCUACCCUCAGUACAGCCCCCCACAACCCCGGCCAGGAGUCAUCCGGGCCCUGGGGCCGCCUCCAGGGAUACGUCGAAGGCCUUGUGAACAGAUCAGCCCAGAGGAAGAGGAGCGCCGCCGAGUAAGGCGCGAGCGGAACAAGUUGGCUGCGGCCAAGUGCAGGAACCGGAGGAAGGAACUGACCGACUUCCUGCAGGCGGAGACUGACAAACUGGAAGAUGAGAAAUCCGGGCUGCAGCGAGAGAUUGAGGAGCUGCAGAAGCAGAAGGAGCGCCUGGAGCUGGUGCUGGAAGCCCACCGACCCAUCUGCAAAAUCCCUGAAGGAGACAAGGAGGGGGACACAGGCAGUACCAGGCGCACCAGCAGCCCGCCAGCAUCCUGCCGCCCUGUACCUUGCAUCUCCCUUUCCCCAGGGCCUGUGCUUGAACCUGAGGCACUGCACACCCCCACACUCAUGACCACACCCUCCCUAACUCCUUUUACUCCCAGCCUGGUCUUCACCUACCCCAGCACUCCUGAGCCCUGUGCCUCAGCUCAUCGCAAGAGCAGCAGCAGCAGCGGAGACCCAUCCUCUGACCCCCUUGGCUCCCCAACCCUCCUUGCUUUGUGAAGCACCCUAACCAUUGUCUCCUCCCCUUCCCCCACCAGUCCAGCUGGCCUGGAUGGUAUCCCACACCCAACUCCAGCAGUUUCUUCUCCAUCCCUCUAAUGAGACUGAUCAUAUUGUGCUUCACAGUAGAGCCAACUUGGGGCCACCAAAGCUGCCCAGUUUCUCUAGAGCUGGCUUCUCUAGCACAAUUUGCACUAAAUCAGAGACAAAGUAUUUCCCAUUUGUGCCAGAGGAAUCCUGGCAGCCCAGAGACUUCGUAGAUCUAUAGAGGUCCUCUGGAGCCCUAACACCUUCCAGACCACUGCCACAUUUUCCAUCACCCUUUCUCUUCCUGCGAUCCACCCAACCCUAUCCCCGACAGAAGGUGCCACUUUACCCACCUAGAACACUAACUCACCAGCCCCACUGCCAGCAGCAGCAGGUGAUUGGACCAGGGCAUUCUGCCGGUCCCUCCUGAACCACACAGCUCAGGAGGCGCCCAAGAUUUCGGUGAUGAGCUGAUCUGCAGAUCUCAGCUCUGAGAAGCCUUUAGCUCCAGGGGAAUCCAAGCCUCCAUAGCGAGGGCAGCUGCUAUUUAUUUUCCUAAAGAGAGUAUUUUUAUACAAAUCUACCAAAAUGGAAUAAAAGGCUGGAAGCUGUGGCUUGGGUGCCUCACUGGA